GUGUGUUGGGUAUUGGGGGAAGAAAAGGAAGAUAGUCCUAGAUUGUGGGAGGCGUGUGCCAACCUCACCGCGUGUGGCUGCCUAGUGGUCCAAGGUGUAUGCAUCAUUAACUGUUGACUCACUUCUACUCUACUUGGGGACUUAAAUUGGGCAUCUAUAGUUUCUGUGCUAUAUUAUACAUU